AUGACGAGCUUUCACAAACAUAUUCUCAACACUCCAUCUGAGCUAGUCGUGGAUAGUCUGAAGGGUCUUGCAUAUUUGAACCCUUCCAUAGCACUCGACGAGCAGCAUCGAGUGAUCUAUCAGCGGAACCAACGAGAAGGAACGGUGGCGCUCAUUUCUGGAGGAGGAAGUGGACAUGAACCUGCACAUGCUUCCUUCGUUGGGACUGGCAUUCUCUCAGCUGCGGUAGCGGGUUCUGUCUUCGCUAGCCCCAACAUUUCUCAGAUUCGUCGAGCGAUAAACAUCGUUUCGUCCUCACCAUCAAACAAGGGCGUGCUUUUGGUUGUAAAGAACUACACAGGGGAUGUCCUGCAUUUUGGAUUAGCUUCUGAGCAACACCGAGCCUCCUCUCAGGGACAUAAGACUGACGUUAGAGUCGUUAUCGUUGGUGAUGAUGUUUCUGUCGGAAGAACUCAAGGAGGACUUCGGACUCGCGGGAACGAUAUUAGUUUACAAAAUUGCAGGGGCCUGGCAUAUUCGGGCGCAACCAUUGAUCAAGUCGAAUCACUUGCAAACAUGGUUGCUAACAACGUUGCAACCUUCGGUGUUCCUGGGACUAAACCUGGGUCGUCGUAUCUUAACGCGGAUGAGCUCGAGCUGGGGAUGGGAAUCCACAACGAGCCAGGCCACACUCGCUUGAGGCCCUACCCUCCCGCUAAAGAGCUCGUAGCUACAAUGCUAGAAAGCAUCACUUCAACGAUUGAGACUGACCCAGAGCGAGGGUUCCUUUCUCAUGGACUUAAAAAAGAUGGGAAGGACGAAGUUGUCCUCCUCGUCAAUAACCUCGGCGCUGUGAGUCAGCUGGAGCUUGGGGUAAUUGUCAAAGAAGCUAUUGCUUGGCUCAGGAAUAAGAAGUUUAUCGUCAAACGUGUCCUUUCGGGGACAUAUAUGACGUCUCUCAAUAUGCCUGGUUAUAGCCUUACCAUUCUUUUACUUCCUCGGGGGGGAAGUCCGGAUAGCAAAAUAGCGAGUGCCACCGAGAUUCUCGAUUUGCUCGACGCCCCGUCCGAUGCUCCGGGGUGGAUUUGGUAUUCUAAAAAUGAUUUAUCUCACAUAGAUGUUUCUCCGGCUCCACCUUUCGAGGAUCUAGAACUUGAGGAAAGGGGUCAAGUUUGCAUUCGGCCCAGUAACUCUGGAGCGUUUGUGGCUGCCAUUGAACGCGCGGCUAAUGCACUGAUAGCUGCGGAACCAGAAAUCACGAAACAAGAUACUAUUGCUGGUGAUGGAGAUGCUGGACUGACUCUGAAGGCAGGUGCAGAGGGAAUUUUGAGGGCCACCAAAGACCAGCGUAUUCGGGGAGUGAACAUUAUCAGCGAUCUACGUGUCGUCUCGGAGGUCGUUGAUGCUACAAUGGGAGGAACGAGCGGAGCGCUGUACUCAAUUUAUUUCUCUGCGCUGACAAGCGCGCUUCGCAGGGUAACUGAAGCAUCUCCUGAGACUGACUACGCAAACUUGGAUGUUUGGGCUAGCGCAGCAAAGGAAGCACUCAAAGCACUAUAUCAAUACACUCUUGCUCGGCCUCCGUCUCGCACUCUCAUUGAUCCCCUCGCGGCUUUCACAUUAGCACUUCAGUCGCCUUCAUCUGAAUCGUUCCCUCAUGCAGUGGAAGAAGCGCGUAAAGCAGCGGAGCAGACUAGAACAUUGGAGGCUCGGGCCGGGAGAGGCGCUUAUGUAAAUCAACAGGCUCUCACCGAAAGUCGCGUUCCAGACCCCGGAGCUUGGGGUGUUUGGAUCAUCCUGAACGCACUGUUAGUCCGAUAA